GCAAGCCGGGUUCCUGAUCGGCAUGCGGCUCGUACCGUACUUGACGCUAGGUUGCCAAACCCUGGUAGCACUUUACACUCUGUUUUCGCUAAUACCUCUACCUGUGGUACGCACGAAUACUCAAAAUGCCACCUAGAAGCACCAAGUCAAGGCGUCAACAGACUAUCACAUACAACUUGUCCAGUGUGCACGCCCGCGACGCUUUUGAAGAGGAGCUUGAUCUGGAAGAUGAGGCACGACAACACCAUCAUGCGGUUGGCAGGCGCAGUGGGCGUGGUAGCGCAGCGUUUACGCUUUCCGCGGACCUGCCCUCGCGAAUGCUGGACGGCAUGCACGAGUACUCCAGCCACAAAGCUACAACAGACAUGAUUAACCUGAUGGAGAUAUUUGGAUCCAGUAACCUGGACCGUGAAGUCAUCGAAAGCGUGUAUCUUGGCUGUAACAGCAGUUUCGAGCAGGCCAUGGAACAGCUGAUGGAGCUCGCAGCUGCUAGCGAUGCCGCUUCUACUCGUACGGGCAAUGGCACAAGCGCCGUUGCUUGUGGCAAAAACGCGUCUUCGACCUCGGUUGCUGACGCAGGCAGCUCCGUGCAGCCCGCUGCGGUUGCAUCCGGCUCAGGUGGUGACGCUGCCGCUGCUGCCACCAUGUACGGCACCAGCUCCAGCACCACCUCGCCAGCCGCAGCUGCUGCGGACACUGCCCCGGACAACAUCAGCAACAUCAGCACCUGCUUUUGGGAGCUGCUGCCGGAGGACCUGAAGCGCCAUGUGUUUGGCUUCCUGUCCUCUCGCGACCUGGCACGUGUGGCGCGCACAUGCAAGGACUUUGCCGGCCCCGCACGCAGCAUGCGCACCAACGCGCGGCAGCUGCAGAUCCCCACAGGUCUGGGCAUGCACGGUAUCAUGUCCAUGGUAGCAGGCCACCCCAACGCGCGCGCCGUGAGCCUGCGCCAGUGGGCUGCCGCGCCGCUGUCCGACGCGGAGUUCACCUCGCUGGUGGUGGCGCUGAGCGCGGGCAGCCGCAGCGAGCGGCGCCUGGUGCCGGUGGAGGCGCUCAGCUUCAAGGGCUGCAGGUGGCUGUCGGACGGACACGUCAUGACGCUGUGCGACACCAUGCAGCACCUCAAGGAGGUGGACCUCACGGACUGUGUGGGCAUCACGGACGCAGCCCUGGUUGCCCUAGCCAAGUACCAGCGCCUCGCUCCGGAGGGUGACGCGUCGUCCUCGGAUGAAGAAGACAAUGGUGAUGAAGCUGCCGCCGCCGCCGCCGUUGCCGACGCGGAUACUGCCGUGGCCGUCGACCGCGAAAACGAGCCGGACGAGGUGGAAAACGAAGACGAGGAGCUGCAGUUUGACUUUGAGAUAAGCACCGCAGUGCCUAGGGCUGGCGCAUCCUCCUCAGCGGCAGCUGCUCAUCAGUCGAACCGGGCGGCUGCCAUGGGCGAGGAGGGACAUGUGGGGGCAGGAACAGGAGAAGACGAGGAGGCACGAGAGCUGCGCAAGAAGGAAGAUGGCGCCGCAGACGCCGAGGACGUUGCGGAGGAGAUCAGCGACAGCGCCGGUGACGUCAGCAGCAGCGAUGAUGAUGAUGAUGAUGAUGAUGAUGAUGAUGAUGAUGAAGACGCUGCUGCUACCGAUGCUACUGCUACUGCCGCGGUCAAGGAGGAGACAUCCCGCAGUGCUUCUGCUGCUGGUGGUUGUUGUCAUGCGGCAGCUGGUGAGUCCCCCUCAUCCGCUGGCUCCCUGCUCGCCGGCGCCCUCGCGGCUGGGUUGAGCCUGGACCAAGCCUCUGCUGCCGCCGCCGCGCCUGUAGCGGGCGCAGCGCCGCCAAGGCAGCGGUACGGCAGCAGCGGCGGAGGCGGCGCUGAAUGCCGUACGCUGCAUGGUGAGGGGUCCAUGGCGGCGACGCCGCCGGCAGCUGUUGCGUUUGCUACCGGGAGAGGGACGACUCGCACCAGCGGUGGCGGCAACGGCAGUUCGCUGUACGGCGCUUCUCCCGCUGGCGGCGGCGGUGGUGUUCUCAUGGGAACGUCGUACGGCAGUGUUGGCGGCAUGGGCGCCGCCGCCGUCGGCAGCUACGGCGGCGCCGCCAGAAGCGGCGCCGCAGGUGCCGGCAGCCCAUGGCUAGGCGGUACAAGCCCUGCCAUGGCAGGAUCAGCAACCAAGAACUGGUUGUACGGCAGUAGUCCUGUGAUGAGCGCAACGCCGUACUUCCGUACAGCUGGAUCUGCGAACAUCAGCUACAACGGCUGGCUGGCGCGGGCGGCUAGCGCUGCCACGCACCGGCACAGCGGCCGGGGCUUGAUGAGUAUCAACAUAUCGGGCUGCUCCGCCAUCUCCUCUGACGGGGUUCGCUCGCUGCUCGCCGCGCCGCUGCCCAAGUCCUGCCUGUUGCAGCUGGACAUAUCGCGCUGCCCGCGCAUUACCCGCGCCGCACUGGCCCUGCCCGCCACGAGCAACUUGUGCGUCCUGCGCGCCUCCGCCUGCCACAACCUGCACGAGGUGAUCAUGCAGCUGCCGCUCACCUCGCCCCUCACCGAGCUGCAUCUGGGCGACUGCAAGGCGCUCAGCAAGCUUCAUGUGGUUGCCCCGGCGCUGCAGCAGCUGCAUGUGGGCAGCUGCCGCCACCUGACGCGCCUGCACCUGCGCUGCCCGCAACUGCGCCACCUCACCGCCAGCCUGUGCUUCAGGCUGAUGGAUAUUGAUCCCGAGCGCUGGGACGUGGGGCGGCUGGAGCACCUCAACCUCUUCGGCUGCCGCCACCUGGAGUGGCCCGGGCUGGCGGCGCUGCUGUCGCGCUGCGGCCCCGCGCUGCGGCAUCUGGAUGUGAAUGGCUGUAACGCCAUUGUGGCGGCGGACAUCCCAGCAGGCUGCAGCUCCCUGCAGCACCUGGAUGCCAGCGGCUGCAAGGCCCUGGUGUCCCUGCGCUGCCCCAGCCCCGCGCUGGCAGCCGUCACGCUGCGCUCCUGCCCUAGGCUGCAGGAGCUGGUUCUCGAGUCCGCUGCGCUGUCACGACUGGACAUCUCCAACUGCCCACAGCUGCGAAUCCUCAGCAUGCCCGCCCUGCACCCCCAGCAGCAACUCCCGCACCCCCAGCAGCAACACCCGCACCCCCAGCAGCAACAACAGGGAGUGGCAGGGCUGGGUCUGCCGCCGCAGCCGCCUCACCCCCACCCCCAACAGCAGCAGCCGCAGCCCCUAGCGGCGGCAGCGCUAGGCAGGAGGAGCAGCGCGGGCGGUAUCUUUGCUGCUGCUGCGGCGGCCGCCUCCCCUGGCAGCGCCGCUGGGGCUGCCGCAGCUCCCAACACCAGCAUCCCCGGGUGGGAGCGAGUGGGGGCGUUGCGUGCGGCGGUGGGGUCAGGCGGCGGUGGCGGGCCGGGUGGGAUGAUGGUGCGGAUGGCAGGGUGCGACCGGCUGCCGGUGGAGGUGGCGGUGCAGCUCAGGCGGCUGAGGGAGAGGGCCAAGCAGGCCGCUGCGGCGCAGGCUGCGGCGGGGGCGGCAGGUGCGGCACCGGUGUCGACGGGGGUAGUGUGUGCGGGGCCUCGAUGAUUGGUGGGAGGAGCACUUAGCUGAGCUGAUGUUUAAUUGGGAGCUGGUUGGUAAGUCGAAUGCAGCGGAGCUUUUGGCGGCGAGGGGUGAGGUGCGUGCGGUGCAUUGUGGUUUGGUUGCAAAGGUGGCCCAUUGGACGAGGACAUUGUGGUGGGAUAGGAGGCUGUUGUAUGACUUGUGUGACAGGGGGUUGCAUGGUGUUGGGGGUGUCUGGUAAGUAGACUUAUGUUCAGGUGUGUGGUCACGGGCACCUGCGUAGGCGUGAAGGUGCCGCCUCUUGGCAGCCGCGUCAUGGUAGCCUUCUGCGUGGCCGGGUUGCGCAAGCCUAUGGCGGCUGAUAACUGCAGUCCUGUACAGUAGGUGUUGACGCAUGGUUGGCGCGUUUCCCUGGGAUGGGCUGUGCUGGCUGCGCGCUGCAAAGGUCCUGAAGGUCCCGAACUUGGUUUGGACAAAUCAUUCGUUGCCGAAGAAGCCCUGCUUCACAAGAUCGGCUGGUGCUCGACACUUACCGGUAUAUUGCCGCCAAACGCAGCCUUUCCUUUGGAAAGUUGGUGUUGAUUGCUGGUCCGCAGAGCUGUACCACGGCAUGCGGAGCCGUUUGUGUGCAGUCACCAGCAGUUGAGUCAUGCAGGGCAUACAACGGAUUGGGUCUUUUUCCGCCGGGGCAAGUUAAAUCGUGAAUCUGAGCGGAGCUGUUGGUGGUUGAUACCUGCUGUCAUGAGACGAUGAGAGUCGCCUACUGUACAGUAUUCGUGCCCUGCCCAGACCCCCGUGCAGGGAGGCGCUUGCGCUGAGGGCGCAUCAUAACACUCCCUCCGCAAAGUUUCAAGUGCAGCCGCGUCCCUUACAUCUCAGCAACACCCCUCACUUCCUUCCUCACCUCACUUCCUCUCUCACACUUCACCACUCCUCUUGCA